AUGUUCAGUUCAAUCAAGGCUCCUGUCAUACCAAAGAGUGCUCUGCCACGAAGCCCUUCUCAGUCCAAAUCACGAGCCGAAAGUGCCCCUCCACCGGCCUCCACCAGUGCGAUUCAGCCACCAGCUGUUAUCGAGGUACCGGAGCCUUGUGACCUUCCACCCAUGCUGAAUGAGACGAAGUAUGAGCUUGUUACUUGGUUCCACGAGCUCCAAUGGAUACACUCCGAGCGUCAUAAACGAUUCGGCUAUGGGGAGAGUUUUACGACAUAUGUGACACGCACAUGCGACCGCGAGAAUUUUAACUUGACGCUGAUGGCUCCACCCCUGCCUAGCUCGGUAGAGAACUCCGGCCUUAUUCUUCUACCGAGCUAG